AUUAGUGGAGUAGAAGUGUAUAGUAUCAGAAAAUGUAAAUACUCAGGCACCAUGAGUACUUAGUUACUUUCCUCCACUGCUAAGUGGUGAAUAUGUUUUAAACAUUAUUCAUAACCUGUGACAUGCCGGUCCACUUCCCACGGUUUCUUAUUUUUAACAGUGCAAACAUAUCCUAUAGAUAUGGGCAUGGUUGUGCUGCCAUUAAACUGGCCAGACCAACAACAUCGAGUUUAGUCGACUUCACCUCCCCCUACCUGCCUGCACCAGGUGCUCCAUGGUGGGGAACCUCUUGUAGACGGCUGUGCUAACAGAGCGGUAGAUCAGCACACCGGAGAGGUUGGCAUAUCGCAUCAGAGUUCGUCGGGUCAGCCUUGAGGCCUCGUCGUCUCCACGAACAUGGCCGCCCACUAAUGCUGCCAGGCGGUCCGGCCAGGGGACGUUCUCAAACUGGCCCCACCAACGGGACACGACCAGGGUGACAUAGAAACCUGACAACAAAAUGUAAGAUAGGUAUUUCGAGCCCACCUUCUGUAAAGGUUUCCAGCAACACUGUGUUGACAUUCAGAUUUAUGCAGAAGAAACAAUGAGCCUCAACUCACCGAGCACAAAGGACACAGGGAUGAGCUCUGCGUAGCGGUCACAGUAUAUUGAGAACUUCUCGAACAGCCUCCUCUGGUCAUCCUUUAACACAAACCUGGUGAUGGAAACACUUUUUGAGUUCAUUACAACUUUUAACUUCAGGUCACUCUUUAUGAAGACAGGAGGACAUGAAUGUGUACUACUGAUAUCUCCUAUAAGAGUACCUAUAAACAAUACUGAAGAAGUAGUAGAGGAGAGUGAAGAUGAUGAGCUCUCUGUAGAGCAGUUUGUAGAUGCUGCCUUUCCAUCGCAGGAGCAGGUGAAAGAAGGUCCCCAGACCUGCAUCAGCAACCCUGCGCGAGUAUGUGACGGUCAUCGCUGCUGCUUUCUGCCCAACUUUCCGGCUGACUGUGUCGUGACAUGAAGGAAACCAGUGGUGUUGUUCUUGUUGCUUCGCCUGAGCUCAAUGUCAGCGGUCAACCUAGAUCUCAUAAGGCCUAUUUAGUCAGAUCUAAAAAUAAUAAUAAAGUAAAACAGCAGCAUUAGAUAUGUUAAGUUCUCCACUUACUCUUCAAUCCAACUGUUUGCACUCACCACAUCAACUGAAACUGGUUACCGUUUUAUACACCCUUAAAUAACCAUUUCACUUAAUACUUUCCUUAAUUUUAGAGAUCUUAAUUAAGCCAAUUCUUCUGAAGAGAUGUUGACAGUGCUACAACAGGCAAAAUACAAUAUCCAACAGUCUAAAACACAAAGCUGUGAAUUUUUACUCACCGAACAAUUUGAAAUUGUCUGGCCAUCGUUCUCACUGCGGCCCGAGAUGUGUUGUGUCGGUUGGAAUGAUGUUGAUGAAAGGUAAGCAGGAAAGAAAAACAGAGCAAGGGACUCCUGCACCUCCGGUCACUUGACGUGUUAAUCUGUUUGAGCAACAAAGCUGCAUUGUGAGGCCGGGUAUUGUUAAUCUGAACAAAUCUGAGGAAAGCACCCACACUGCCACAAAUAGGGUGGUUAAAACAUGACAAGGUUGUGAUCAGAUUAAGGAAAUAUAUCUCUAAAACAAUGUAUUCAUAGCGUAGCUGUUAUUUAUCUCUGUUUUGCUGAACACAUUUUAAUAUCAGCAAACACCAAGAGGGUUUGUUUGAAGCCUCAUUAAGUAUGCACUCAUGGAAAACUCCUGAUCAGGUGGGGUUGUGUCCUCCCCCUCUGCUGGAAGAAAUGUGCACCGCUUGGCUCUGACUGAGCAGAAGGUGUUAGUGAUUAACCCUUCCUGUCUAACCAGGAGACCAACAGCAGGGCGAAGUACGGACUCAAUUUGAUCCUUUUGUUCUUAAAGAUGUAUUUCUUUUCAGUUUUGACAGUUUUUUGAUGCUCUAUAACACUUUGAGAUCAGUGUUGAACACUUUGUGAAAAAUAUAAUAACAGACUUAAAGUAAAUCCAGAGCAGACGUCUAGAGGUUUCUGAUGAGUUUCUGCACUGCCUGAGAGAGAGAGACAUGGAUCAUUUUGAGGGAAUUCACAGCGUCCAGAUUUCCUCUUCUCCACCACCUUCAACAACAGCCAGCCCAGGAUAUGAAAUCAUCAAAGGGAAAUCUGGAAUAUCAGUGUAUUCCUCAACCGUGUUUUUCGGGAAACCUGAUAUCCUGGGACAGCCAGCCGCCAGACACAAGUGCAACAGGGACGCUGAGGAGAUAGGAUGUGUUGUUGGACGGUUGGUAGAUCUGGAUCCAGAUCCGAAGUCCAGAGUGGAGGGAGGAGGCUCGGCUGGGCCCCCCUCAUCCAGAGCCCAUGGCGUCCUCUCCCGGCAUCGCAGCUCGUCGCUGGAGAUCAAAGAAAAAGAAAUCAGAGAAAAGGGCUCUGAGAUCCUCACGGAACAGCUGGACGCUGCAAAGAAGGAACUGAAACUAAAGGACAAGGAGUGUGAGCGUCUGUCGCGGGUCAGGAAUCAGCUGGAGCAGGAGCUGGAGGAGCUGACUGCCAGUCUGUUCGAGGAAGCUCAUAAGAUGGUGAAUGAAGCUAACGUCAAACAAGCAGGAGCGGAGAAACAACUGAAGGAGGCUCAGGGAAAGAUUGAUGUUCUUCAGGCAGAGGUGACAGCGCUCAAGACUCUUGUGUUGACAUCAACACCUUCUUCCCCAAACCGCCAGCUGCAUCCUCAGCUACAGGCGUCGGGAGCGAGGGUGGGGUACAGACACGUCGGGAGCCACAUCCGCAACAAAAGCGCAAGCGGGGCCUUUCCAUCUGUACCUGGAAAACAAGAAAACACCUCGCUUUCCAUUCAGCCUGCGGCCAAAGAGGACAGAGAGCCUGCUGUUCCUGCUCUCCUUUCUCUGAUUCUCUGCCUGGUUCCUGGCCAGUCUGUCAAUGUGACCUUUGACCGGUACUGGCAGGAGCGGGGGGAGGGGCUGUGCACUGACAGCAGACAGAUGGACUCCGUUCUGUAUGCAGAGUUUUUGAUGUGGAAGGAGAACCUGAGUGUGGAGCGUUCCUCUGCCUUCUUGAGUCGAGUCUACAGAGAAGACAUCGGACCCUGCCUCUCCUUCACAAAGUCUGAGCUGUCACAGCUGGUGCAGAGCGCAGUGGAAAACAACUCUUUGACCAUAGAGCCGGUGGCCAUGUCAGCGUUACCCAUGGUUAAAGCCUCUGCUGUCGAGUGUGGCGGCCCAAAUGGCUUUAGAGCAGCAAUAGAGACAAAAUGUGCAUUGAGCGGCAUGUCGCGCCUCUGCAGACAUCGCAUUCAACUUGGUGACAAAGGGAGCUACUAUUGCAUCUCUCCCUCCAGCCGAGCACGGAUCACGGCUGUUUGCAAUUUCUUUACUUAUAUCCGCUACAUCCAGCAGGGCCUGGUGAGACAUGAUGCGGAGCAGAUGUUCUGGGAGGUGAUGCGUCUCCGCAGAGAGAUGACCGUGGCUAAGUUAGGUUUCUACCUCACUGACCAGGGCUAGAGACCUCCGUCAUCUUUAAGAUCAGGGUUAAACUGUGGUAACAAUCAGGUCUUUAGCUUGUGUAGCAGAGGUUGUACAGCAUCAGUGCUGCAGCAGGCGUCCACCAACAAGGGAAGCAGAGAAAGUUCAUGUGCCUCUUUUAUUCAAUAUUACAAAGAGUUAAACCAGCACAGCAAGAAGGAAACAUGACAUUAAAAAAAGCAUUAUUCCCAGAUAUGUAAAAUAUAUUUCUGUUAUACUGCAGGCCUCCAGUAAUUCUCCCCGGUGGAGUAAACUUCUCAUGUUGAUCCUAAUAGACUUUAUGUAUCAUGUAAAGGUGAGCACAACGCAUGACAGCAGUGUAGAGAGUUUAGUUGGUCUCUUACCUCAAGUAUUACAUAUUUGUAUGUAAUGUUAUAGUUCUACUGUGAGAUAAGCAAUAUCUGUGGUUUUUUCACAACAAGUAUUUUUACAUAAAUAUAAUUCACACUAGUUCUCGGCUAUCGGCUCAAACACAACAGACUUUCUCUCAGCAUGGCCUUACAUGUGUUGAUGCCCUCCUGCACUACCUGUCCUCGAUGCCUUUCAAAUUCACACAAUAGAAACAGCUUCAUGUCAGCCUGACCUGCACUUCAUUAUAUAAAUAUUGUUAAUGAUUUAGUUAUGACAUCCCCACGCUCAAAAUGGUGACAGUUUCACAAUGUAGUCCGAAAAUGAACAAGCUUUAAUACAAGUGAUUGCAAUAUGAAAUGUUUUUUAUGCAAUGAAGAGGAUGUAAAGACAAUUAAAAGUCAUACAUAACAUUGCAUGAAUGUAGCCAUAUUAUACAAUGUGUAUUGGUUGUGCUUUACAGUAUAGAUUAGUUAUUAUGAAUGAACAAUUUUAAAAUAAUGAAUAUUGUUUCAGAAAGUGCAAUAAUAACUGCUUCUUAGCCUUUUUUAGGCUUGUAAGGCGCCUAACCUCAGUGUACUGAUAAUCAAAACACUCCAUUAAAGACAACACAUUGAAGCCUCACUACA